AUGUCUUCCAGUACCUCAUCCUUCGCCAACACUGCCCGAGAACACAACUCGUCGAUGUCCCGUUACGAAAAAGCCCAUUCCGUAGGAGCUUCGGACUUAGGAAGACUAGCCCUUCGCAGAGACAGCGACGCCGAAAUGGUCGAGACUCGAACCCAAGCCAAGAAACGAGAAUCUUCUCGGAGUAAGGAUAAGGGUAAAGCUAGAGCCAAAGCUGGAUCUUCGUCUAGAUCUCCCGACGACAAACGCAAGUCUCGCAGGACYACAUCCAAAGGAGGCCAGAAACGGCCCAGCGACGACGACGACGACGACGAAGGUGACGAUUCCUCUUCGGAUGAUGAGGAUGAAGCCCCAGAACCAACCGUGAAAGAGCAUUUCCGCAUGCUGGUCUCUGUUCUCAACGCAGACCAUCUCUCUCCGGUGGAGUUCGUUGACUAUCCCAGCUCAAGCAUGCCACUGCAGAGUCGUACACUGCGAGCAUAUGCCGACAACAUGGCAGAGCAUCUCAACCAGACUGGACGUCAGGCAGUUUGGAACCAAAACCCUCCAUCAGGCGCUGCCUGGGGCGAAAUGGCCCAUCAGAUCCUGAACCGCCGCAAGAUCUCAGCCGAGCACAGGUUCAUAUCAGGCGACAUUGACUCAAUCGAGGCGCUCAAGCAAUUCGACAGAAUCUACAGUUCCAUCCGCGAAAUGCUCGUGAAGCCACUCUAUCGCAACACGCACGCCAACGCCAAGAAGGAUCUCGUUUACCUCCUGGUGGACAUUCUCAACUUCAUCAUCCGCGAGUGGAGACCCAGGGGAGGCGAAGAUACGCUUGUGUAUGCCGGGAGUGCGCAGGGACAGGAGCGCAACAUCUACAUGCGAUUCAUCACCAAGCCGGAUGUGCAGGCGCAAUACAUGCGCACUCUGAUGGGGUUGUGUCUGAGAGCUGAUCUUCGCGACUUGUUCAAGGUGACGAGGGUGCGGGAGAGUUUGGUGGACAGUUGUGCGCGCAUCCAUCGCUACAUUGCCGUCACUCCACCGGCAAUGCCAGUCUUUGGACCGCUGGGCAACUUUUCGCAGAACUUGGAGCGUCUUUUGCAGCAAUUGAGCAUUCCCUUGCCAAGAUAG